AUGUUGUUCGCAUCUUCACUCCUAUUUUUACCUUUAUUCUUAUUAUUUAUAUCUUCCAUUCUAUUUACCUCUUUUGCAUCCAUUCAUAUUUACAAUCAUGAACCUUUUCAAGAUGUCGGUAAUGCUUUUCUCCUCUCCGGUGGCAGCGAAGGCAUCGCCGCCUCUCUCACCAUCGCCACACAUCCUGACUCCAUCCAUGAUGGACGUUCUUACAUUCGAUUUGAGAAUAUAACCUUUAGGAGAAGAAAAUAUGAAGCCAAGGCACGUGGUACUGUACCGGUACACAUUAUUAUUUUUGAGGCUGCUGAUCGUGAUGAUAUAGGCGGUUCUGUUUAUGGCGGACAACGAGCAAUCUGCUGCACCCGUGAUUUAGCAAAAAUGGGAGGUUGUAAGCAAGGAGAGGUUAUCAGGAGAGCUUCUGCAACAGAUAUUAAUUGGCCAAUCAUUGUAGAUGUUUAUUUCAAGGGGAAAUCUCGAAUUGCUAGUUUAGAUUCUAAAGAAGUUCCUAUCACGAAGACUGGAAUGUAUAAUUUGUUUUUUGUAGCUUGUGACCCCAAGCUCAAGGAAAUUGUAAUGACUGGGAAGACAAUCUGGAAAAACCCUGAUGGGUUCUUACCUGGUAGAAUGGCUCCAUUAAAGAAGUUCUAUGUAUUUAUGGCACUGGCUUAUAUCAUCCUUGGCAUAAUUUGGCUCCUUCAGUAUGUGAGGUUUUGGGAUGAUGUACUGCAACUUCAGCACUGUAUCUCAGCGGUCAUUGGUCUUGGAUUGUUUGAGAUGAUUCUCUGGUAUUCUGAGUACGCCAAUUUCAACAAUACUGGAGUCAGGCCUAUUAUGGUCACAACAUGGGUUGUUACAAUUGGGGCUAUAAGAAAAACGAUAGCAAGGCUUCUCAUUCUCUCUGUUUCCAUGGGUUAUGGUGUUGUGCGACCCACUCUUGGUGGUCUUACAUCAAAGGUCCUUUUACUUGGAAUAACCUACUUGCUUGCAUCAGAGUUGCUGAAUAUUACUGAAUAUGUGGGGACCAUUGAUGAUGUAUCAGGAAGGGCAAGGCUCAUUCUAGUUCUUCCUGAUGCUUUCUUGGAUGCAUUUUUGAUUUUAUGGAUUUUUACUUCUCUGUCAAAAACAUUGGAACAGUUACAGGCAAAACGAAGUUCGGUUAAGUUGGAUAUAUACAGGAAAUUCUCAAAUGCACUACUAGUAACGGUGAUCUCCUCAGUUGUUUGGAUAGGUUAUGAGGUUUAUUUCAAAGCAACAGAUCCAUUUAAUGAACGCUGGCAGAGUGCUUGGAUCAUCACUGCAUUCUGGGACACUCUUGCAUUUGCACUACUCUGUGUAAUAUGUUAUCUCUGGGCGCCUUCCCAGAGCUCUCAAAGGUAUGCAUACUCAGAGGAAGUGGGAGAAGAAUUUGAUGACGAAGAAGCCGUGUCUCUAACUAAGGGAAAGCAAGAAGGUCAAGGAGAACUAAGUUUAGUCAGACAAGAGAAGAGUGCCCGAACUGAUGCAUCUUCUGAUGAAGACGACGAAUCUGAUGAGGAUAAAAGGGAAUGA